AUGAACCAGGCCACGGAUCCAAAUAGCAGCCCCUCUCAUUACUACAGCUACGGCAGUAACAAAAACCAACAUUUCCCAUCUCAACAACAACAGUACUCUUCCGAUCACCCUCAAAUGCAAAUCUUUGGCUCAGAUGUUACUCCCCAUCCUCCGCCGGGCAGUUGGAGUUCCGAACAGUUCGGAGGUGUACAAUAUCAGACAAAUGGAUCAGGACGGCCAUCUCUCCAAGCUCCUCAGAACCAGACGGCUGGAGCUCAUCGCUUGAACAACCGACAAGCUUUUUUCAACCCCAAUCCGCAAGACUACCCCGACGGGCAUCCGUUCCAAAGCAGGCGUGGACCUGCGAAUCCCGUAUUUCUCAAUCAAAAUACAGUUUUUCCUGAUCAAGGCUCCAACCCACCUCUUGAGGGGAACUUCGACUCGUCUACCUUAUCUCCAAUUUCACCAAACUCAGGACCAACCAGGACCCAAGGAUCAUCACCAGCUGUGGCCACUCGAACUCGCAGGUCCCGAAGAUCGGCUGCCCAGAUGACGUUAGCAGAUCACAUUGCAGCAAAGAAGGCCGCCAACAAAGUCCAGAAAGCAGCUGACCGAGCUGAAAAUAACCUUGCGAAGGCGGCAGCAAAGAAGGCGCAAGGGAUAAUCAAGCAAAGUCAACCAUCGAAACCAGCUCGGGUAACAUGGUCGGAGGACGCUUCACUUGAGAUGGUCCAUUUCUAUCAUAUGGUCAAAGAUGAGCAUACCGAACUCAAGCGCAACCAGACCGGCUUUAUGAACUUCAACAAAUUCCUAUUGGCCUACCCUGUCGAUAGCGAUCUUUUUCCCCUACUAAUUGGGCGCACCAAUCAAAGCCUCUUAACCCGUUAUUCGGCCCUCAUGGGAACGUGGCGUAAAGUAAAGGAUAAGGUCGAUCAAUCAGGAAGCGAUGGGCUAUUCGUUGCCCUUGUGGAAUGUGGAAUGAGUGAUACAAUGUGGAAUCUACUAGGGGAUAUGCACGGGAACGAUGCUGCUGCCCAUGCACAUGGGCAAGUUGAACUUGAGGAUCCAAUCGAGAGCCUUUUGAAUGAUCCUGGUGCAACCCCCCCGGCCUCGCCUGAGAAUUCAGCAUCAGAACUUCCUGAUGACCUGCUUGCCGAAACCGAAUCGAUGAACCCACCACCGAAUCCAUCUCAAUCAAUCAACCCACCAUCCAGGCGCAAUCGUUCCAAUUUGCCGCCCCUGACUGCUGCGGAAAUGGCGCUAGACUCCCCCAGCCCUCCACCUGCAUAUGAGUCAACUCCUGCUCAAGCAACCCGGCCCACCGAGUCAACUCCAGCUCAAGCAACCCGGCCCACCCCUUCUAGAGCAACCGGAACCGUGAGCGUCGGUGCAAUCCCUGCAGCAACUGGAAGUGGGGUUACGCCUUCCACUCGGCGCCCCCCGGCCGAAAGUGGAGCUCCAGCUCGUCGACGUGGGCGCUACGAGGAGGCUCCCAAGAAGGAGGAUCCCACAGCCAAUGGGAUGCUCCUCUUGAUGCACAAAUCGGAAGAAGCUCGCCUUGAUGAGCGUCGCGAGGCGGAAGCAAGGUUUAAUCGGAAGGAAGAGGCUCGAUUGGAGGCAUUGCGUGAUGAUCGACGGGAACGUGAAGAAGCGAGCCGACAACUCCAAAUGGAUCGGGAGUCUGCCGCCCUUCAAAUGCGAUUGGACCGAGAGGCAGCGGAUUAA